AUGCCGUUUGAUUUGAUCGAAGGACACCGGAGGCGCCUUUUGUCGGAGGAACAGACGGAGGGUGAUUGGGAGGAGCCGAUGUGGAAGAGGCAACGACUCAAUCCCGCCGACGAAGACAAGGAAAGGAAAGACAAGAGUAUCACCAUCGCAUCGACCGCCAAACAUGCCGACCAGGCUGUGGCGCCCUUCCUGGCAAAGCACAUACCCUCGCAGUACGCUCCCUUGGGCAAGGUUGGCAAUCCUUCCUUUCACCGUUUCGACCCACUGAAGGACCCGAAUCCCAACUCCAAAUUCUGCUACCGCCAUCGGCCUGAUAUGCUAUGUCGACGACAGGCGGAUGAAAUGACCAUGGACAAGUUGCAGAAGGGCUUGGAGACGCUGUCGCAAGAGGAUCGGCAGGGCAUCGUCCAAGUCUGGUCCUUGUUCUCGGCCGCUCCCUCCAAGCAUCGAAACCUCAUGCUGCAAGGGAUCCUCGCUCAAUGCUGCUUCCCGCAACUGUCCUUUCUCUCUGCGAAUGUCCGAGAACUCAUCCGAAUCGAUUUUCUCUCCGCGUUGCCCUCGGAAGUGGCUUUCCGAAUCCUUUCUUUCCUCGACACAACCUCCCUCUGCAAAGCCGCACAGGUGUCUAGGAGGUGGAGACAGCUCGCUGACGACGACGUCGUGUGGCACCGUAUGUGUGAGCAACAUAUUGACCGCAAGUGCAAGAAAUGUGGCUUGGGCCUGCCUUUGCUGGAACGAAAGAUACUGCGGGCUACGAAAAGACAAAUCGAGCUUCGAGCAGCAAGUAACCUACCACUCGACUCGUGUCCACCCGCGAUGUCGCAGCCUGAAGCCUCCGACACUGAAAGUCACCACGAUUCCGCCUCGGACGGCCAACUCUCUCCGAUCUUAAGCAGAAGACCCCUACUCUGCAGCAGCGAGAGCGAGUAUUUCCGUAAGACUCGGCCUUGGAAAGACGUCUACAAAGACCGAUUCAAAGUUGGGACCAAUUGGAAGUACGGUCGUUGCAGCAUCAGGAUCCUGAAAGGUCACACCAAUGGAGUUAUGGCGCUUCAGUUCUGCGACAACAUCUUGGCCACCGGGUCGUAUGAUGCAACCAUCAAAAUCUGGGACCUGGACACCGGCAAGGAGCUGAGCACACUGAAGGGUCACACGAUGGGCAUCCGCUGCCUCCAGUUUGACGACAACAAACUCAUCAGUGGCAGUCUGGACAAGACACUCAAAGUGUGGAAUUGGCGGACCGGAGAAUGCAUCUCAACCUACAACGGCCACACCGGGGGCGUCAUUGCGCUACACUUUGACUCGAACAUACUGGCGUCCGGCUCAGUGGACCACACGGCCAAAGUAUGGAACUUCCAAGACCGCUCCGUCUUCACCCUUCGAGGACACACCGACUGGGUCAACUCGGUCAAAGUCGACUCCGCGUCCCGCACCAUUUUCACAGCCUCGGACGACUGCACCGUCAAGCUCUGGGACCUGGACACAAAGAAGUGCAUCCACACGUUCGAAGGACACGUCGGCCAAGUCCAACAAGUCUUGCCACUGCCCGCAGAGUUUGAAGCCGGCGUCGACGAAGCUGACCAAGACGACGAAGAACAAGAACAAUCCGACCCGGGCAGUCCCGACAGUCACGUCACCGUGCUCGAUGAAAACGGGGGCUUCCCUCUUGCCAUCCCUUCUUCCUCAUCUCAUUCUCUCAACAUGUCAAGCCUGUUCAGCCUCCAAUCCGACCGUCCGCCUCCACCGCGCUAUAUGCUCACCUCUGCCCUGGACAGCACGAUCCGCCUCUGGGACGUGCACUCGGGACGAUGCGUCCGCAAAUUCUUCGGUCAUGUCGAAGGAGUAUGGGCCAUCGCGGCAGACACACUGCGCCUUGUAUCCGGGGCAGAGGAUCGCAUGGUGAAAGUGUGGGAUCCCAGGACAGGAAAGUGUGAGCGGACUUUCACCGGUCAUGCCGGCCCUGUGACGUGUAUCGGGCUGAGCGAUAGUCGAAUGUGUUCCGGAGGCGAGGACGGUGAGGUCCGAGUCUACAAUUUCACAGCCUGA